AUGGAACCUGCAAUGGAAUUUGGCGAACCCUCUUCUUUGCAUCCACAAAUUGCCCAACUGACUGAAUUGCUGGCCCAGAAAGAUGAAGCCUUACAGGAGAUGACUGAAAGCAGAGAUCUUCAAGUUUCUCUUACUCGUGAAAUGGAAAGACUCUGGCUAGCGGCCAAAUCUCGAACUCAGGCCGAGAUAGCUCUCAAGCUUAAGAUGAGACACGAGGACGAGGUGUCUCUCCUAAAAGAGGAAGGUCGGAUAAAGGAUGAGACUAUUGACCAACUGAAUCGCACCAUCGAACUUAUCAAGGAAGAUCUAGCUCGAGCUCAGGCUCAUCUAGCCAAGAAGGAUCAAGCCUCUGGAUCUGAAUCUCAUAAUGACAAUGAAACUUACUUGGAAUCUAACCCUAACUCCUUGCCUAGUGAUGUUGUUGUUAUUUUACUGGAUUUUGAGGAUGUGUUUCCCAAGGAAGUACCUCACAGUUUGCCACCAAUGAGGGGGAUUGAACACCAAAUAUACCUUAUUCCUGGCGCUUCUCUGCCCAAUAGGCCAGCUUAUAGGAGCAAUCCUCAAGAAACAAAGGAGAUACAAAAUCAAGUGGAGGAGUUAUUGCAAAAAAGAUGGGUUAGAGAAAGUUUAAGUCCUUGUGCUAUACCCGUAAUUUUGGUGCCUAAAAAGGAUGGAUCAUGGAGGAUGUGCACUGACUGUAGAGCAAUCAACAACAUCACAAUUCGGUAUAGACAUCCUAUCCCUAGACUUGAUGAUUUGCUUGAUGAAUUGCAUGGUGCUUGCUUCUUUUCUAAAAUUGAUUUGAAAAGUGGGUACCAUCAAAUUAGGAUAAGGGAAGGGGAUGAAUGGAAAACAGCUUUCAAAACCAAAUAUGGAUUGUAUGAAUGGUUGGUAAUGCCUUUUGGGUUAAAUAAUGCACCAAGUACUUUUAUGAGGCUUAUGAACCAUGUCUUACGAGAUUUUCUUGGUUUUGUCAUAAGUUCUAAAGGAGUGCAGGUUGAUGAAGGGAAAGUUAAGGCCAUUAGAGAUUGGCCAACUCCUAAAACUUAUUUGAAAGGGCAAGGGAAGCUCAACAAAAGGCAUGCCAAAUGGGUCGAAUUUCUUGAACAAUUUCCUUAUGUGAUUAAGCAUAAGCAAGGAAAGGUAAACGUUGUAGCAGAUGCACUUUCAAGAAGGUAUAACUUGUUAGCUACACUUGAACCUAAAUUGCUUGGCUUUGAACAUAUUAAGGAAUUGUAUAUACAUGAUAAUGAGUUUUCCCAAUUAUAUGCUGCGUGUGAAAAGAAAUCACAAAAUGGGAUUGCUAGGCAUGACAACUACUUGUUUAAGAAUAACAGACUUUGUGUGCCUAGAGGAUCCAUGCGUAAAUUGCUAGUUAGGGAAGCACAUGAGGGGGGUUUAAUGGGACACUUUGGGGUUCAAAAGACCCCCUUGGGCAUACAUCACCGUCAGCUGGCGGAUGAGUUGAAGGAGAAGAAUUCCAAGCUGGCUUCUCUUUAUGCAGACCUGAAGGCACUCCAGGAGUCUCAUACAACCCUACAAAAAGACCUGAAGGUUGUCCAAGCAGACCUGGCCUCCAGCAUUGACCGGGAGAAGAUCUUCAAGGCUCAGCAGGAUCAGGACCAGGCCACCAUUAAGUCCCUUCAAGCAGAUCUCCACAAGGUACAAACGGAGGCUUCCACCUUGAAGAAAGAGAAGGCACUAGCCCUGGCUUCUACAGAGGAAGUGCGGGUGGAACUAGUGAAGUACAGAUCAGGCAAAGGCGAGCGUCUCGAAGCUUACAGGCUUUCUUAUAUUAAGUCUCCCUUGUUCCAGAAGAAGAUAGGGGAGUUCGCCGACCGGAUGGUCUGCUACGGUGGCGUGGGUGCAUUGCGCCAACUGCUUAAGUAA